AUGGCUGGUGGAAAAGGAAAGGCUGGAAAGGACUCCGGAAAGUCCAAGUCGAAAGUCGUGUCGAGGAGCGCUCGCGCUGGUCUCCAGUUUCCUGUCGGAAGAAUACAUCGCUUCCUGAAGCAGAGAACUACCUCGAGCGGACGUGUCGGAGCCACCGCCGCAGUGUACAGGUACACUUAAGAUUUAGUUCAACAUUCCCAAUGAAAUCAUAACUUCAGCGCUGCUAUUCUGGAGUACCUCACCGCCGAAGUGCUCGAGUUGGCCGGUAACGCCUCCAAGGAUCUCAAGGUGAAGCGUAUCACGCCGAGACAUCUCCACCUCGCCAUCCGAGGAGACGAGGAGCUCGACACUCUCAUCAAGGCCACCAUUGCCGGAGGAGGUUUGUUCACAGGAACUACUGAGCCGGAUUUUAUUUAAAUCGUUUCAGGAGUCAUCCCACACAUCCAUCGCUACCUGAUGAACAAGAAGGGCGCCCCACAGCCGGGACAGAAGCCGCCAGGAGCUCCAGGACAAGGUCCACAAUAA